AUGGCAUCUGCAAAAGAAGAAGAAUACGUUCAUAAAGUAUAUAAUGAAAUUGCUUCUCAUUUUUCUCAAACAAGAUAUAAACCAUGGCCAAUUGUGACCAAAUUCUUAAAUGGGCAACCCAUUGGUAGCAUUGGGAUAGAUGUUGGUUGUGGGAACGGGAAAUAUUUAAAUGUUAAUCCUAAUAUCUUUAUAAUUGGCUCAGAUAGAUCAGAUGGAUUAAUUAAAUGUGCUCAUGAGAUUAAUGGUCAAUAUAAUGUUCUUGUAGCAGAUGGGAUGUGUUUACCUCAUAGAGAUAAUACCUUUGAUUUUGCAAUCUCUAUUGCCGUUGUUCAUCAUUGGUCGACAAGGGAAAGAAGAGUUCAAGCAAUAAAUCAUAUUUUAAAUAAAGUUAAAAGUGGCAGUCAGAUUUUAAUUUAUUGUUGGGCUUUAGAACAAAGCACUUCUAGAAGAGGUUAUCAUGAAGGAAUGGAACAGGAUAUUCUUGUCCCUUGGGUUUUGCAAGAAAAGACUAAGAAGAAGAGAGAUACUAGUGAUUCAGAUAAGAGUAAAGAUAAGAAAAAUCUUAUUAAACCUGAUUUAUCUGGGAUUCCACCAAAGGAAAGAGCAUUGUAUAUGGCUAAAUGGAAAAAAGAACAAGAGGAUAUCAGAAUUGAACAAGAAAGAAAGGAAAAGGAAUCCCAACAGAUAAGACAUGAAGAAAAAAAUGAGAUUACUAAGUAUAGAUAUUAUCACUUGUAUCGUGAAGGUGAGUUGGAAGAAGAUUGUAUUAGUGCCGGUGCAAAAAUCAUUACUAGUGGUUAUGAAAGGGAUAAUUGGUAUGUUAUCGCUAAAAAACCAUAA